CAACACAUCGAUCCACAGUUCCCCAUCUAAACAAAAUCUCCCACGCUCUAUAAACUCUACAUAGCUUUACUUUACAUCUCUACCUAUAUAUACAUAGGAUUAGGCUACAUAAUUUUAUUACAAAGUUAAGGAGUGGAAGCAUGGGACUACAAAACCAGAUGAACGAUGUUUCAUCGGACUCAUUUCCCAUCCUUAUCCUCCUCCUCAUCGCCAACGGCGUAGGUUAUCUCCGCUCCAUCCUCCUCGCUAUCUUGCACUCCCUCAAUCUCUCCCAUGACGACUCACCACAAGGGAGUUCCUCGGGCCUGGCCGAGCAGCUGAGCCUCAACAAGAUGUUCUCGUACUCGUACAAUUCGAGGACAACGUUGGACGGAGCUGGCGGCGCCGACUGUGUGGUGUGUCUGAGCCGGCUCAGGAAUGGGGACUGUGUGCGCAGGUUAGCGUGUAGACAUGUGUUUCAUAAAAAGUGUUUUGAUGGGUGGCUUGAUCAUCUCAACUUUAGUUGUCCGUUGUGUCGGAGUUCUUUGGUCGGCGACGGGGAGCGCGUGGGAGGGAGUGGCGGCGCGUGAGGGCGGUUUUUGAUGCCGUUGAGGCUUUGACUUUUUAGUUAGGUGGGUUGUUAUGUUUUUUGAAGUGCUGUGAAGGCACUUUUUUUUUACUAUCGUAAAACUUUUUAUUUUAUUUUUUGAGUUUAGUUCAAAGUUACUUGGCAAUAAAGAAAUUAAGAAAUCACAGCUAUGCCA